ACCCAAGCACCUUCCUUCCCACACAUCUCGCCAGAACACACACAAACCACGCACGCACUUCGCCUUGGCGACCUGUCCAGCCUCGAACCACGCGACCAGCUCUCGCAGAGGAGGCCCGGGCGAGCGGGCGAGGGAGGGAAGAGGAGGAGGAGAGAGGCGGCUCCUUAGUCUUACUCGGCGGCCAUUUGCCUCCGCCCCUCGUCCCUUUCCUCGUCGCCACCGGGAUCCGAUCCCGCCAGCACUACUUUUUAGCGCCGGCGGCCGGGUCGCGGAGGAGCGCCCUUUGGAAGCGAAGGCGGCUGGGCCGAAAUCUGGGGUGUGUGUGUGGAGGAGGCAGUAUGGAUUAUCUGAAUUCAUGGGUGUCUUCAGGCAUAGAAGAUAGGCACCUAGGCACAGACAUUAGUCCCUCUCAUGGGUGAUUCUGUGACUUGAAUGAAGAGAACACAACCAAUCCUGUCCAAGAUAUUCCAGUGGUUUUCAAAGCUGUCCACACAAUGCUGUAUCCUGGACGGUCUGCAGAAGUUGGGAACGAUGUUAAGUUUCUUUCGCCGAACACUUGGACGCAAGUCUAUGCAUAAACAUGCUGAGAAAGAGCGGCUAAGAGAAGCUCAGCGAGCUGCAACUCACAUCCCUGCAGCUGGAGAUGAGAAAUCUAUAAUUACAUGCAGGGUCUCUUUGCUGGAUGGAACGGAUGUCAGUGUGGACUUACCGAAAAAAGCCAAAGGACAACAUCUGUUUGAGCAGAUAAUGUACCAUCUGGACCUUAUUGAAAAUGAUUACUUUGGCCUACGAUUCAUGGAUUCAGCACAAGUGGCUCAUUGGUUGGACCACACAAAGAGUAUAAAAAAACAAGUUAAAAUUGGUCCACCAUACUGUCUUCAUCUUCGUGUAAAAUUUUACUCUUCUGAACCAAACAACUUACGUGAAGAGCUCACAAGAUAUUUAUUUGUUCUUCAGCUAAAGCAGGACAUUCUGAGUGGCAAGUUGGAAUGUCCCUUUGAAACAGCGGUGCAAUUAGCAGCUUACAUGUUACAGGCUGAACUUGGGGAUUAUGAUCCUAUUGAGCACAUCCCGGAGAUAGUGUCAGAAUUCAGAUUUGUGCCCAACCAGACUGAGGAGAUGGAACUGGCCAUUUUUGAAAAGUGGAAGGAAUACAGGGGUCAGUCACCAGCUCAAGCAGAAACAAACUAUUUGAACAAAGCAAAAUGGCUCGAAAUGUAUGGAGUAGAUAUGCAUAUAGUAAAGGCAAGAGAUGGCAAUGAUUAUAGCCUUGGAUUAACACCAACAGGGGUCCUUGUAUUUGAAGGAGAGACCAAGAUUGGAUUGUUCUUUUGGCCAAAGAUUACUAGAUUGGACUUCAAAAAGAAUAAAUUAACACUAGUGGUGGUUGAAGAUGAUGAACAGGGUAAAGAGCAGGAACAUACUUUUGUCUUUAGGCUGGAACACCCAAAGGCCUGCAAACAUUUGUGGAAGUGUGCUGUUGAGCAUCAUGCUUUCUUCCGCCUCCGUGGACCUGUUCAAAAAGGCUCCAGUCGAUCGAGCUUCAUUCGGCUGGGGUCCCGAUUCAGAUACAGUGGGAAAACAGAGUACCAGACUACAAAGACUAAUAAAGCCAGAAGAUCAGCAUCUUUUGAGAGAAGGCCUAGUAAGCGAUACUCAAGGAGGACACUACAAAUGAGAGCUCAUCCUCAUGCAUCUGAAGGAAUUAGCCAUUCAGGCAAUGUUUUCACUCAAAACAAUGGACCACAGCAAAACCGGAGUGCAUUGCCCUCUGCAGCAGCAGUUCCUUCUGGUCCAGUUUUAGUUGAAAUAGAAAAUCUUCCCCGGAAUACUGGAACAAGCCAACAGGAUAAGAAAUGCCUAUGCAGCGUCCCUCUGACUGCUGAUUUGCUUGAUAGCAAGGAAACGUUGGACACUUGUACUGACAGUGCUGCUGGUUUUCCUCCUGCCGAGGGAUUAGUUGAAACGUUGGAAGGGGCAGAUGGUACAAAGGAACCCCCCUGCGAGAAUAUAAGUCUUGUUGUUGAUGAACCAUCCCUGAAACUAAAGCAUCUGGAAACCGAGUUCACUCCCGUAUUGGUUUCCCAGUCCAACAUAAACAUCAAUGUCAGCAAGCAGGAGGAAGUUGUGAAAUUGACAGAUAAAUGCCUGAACAAUGUAAUUGAGAGCCCUGUGAACACCUCUAUGCGGUUGCCUCCGGAUAUUAAAAGUAAUAUUUUGAAGGCCCAGGUGGAGGCAGGGCACAAAGUGGUGAGGGAGGGAAGCAUAUCUGGCAACAAGAACACCAAUAUUCAAGAUACAGCUGGAAGAAGCGUUCUUCCAUCAGGAAAAGAGAAAAACAGCCCUCUGAGAACCCUCAGCCCUGUGUGCCAGGAACCACUAGAGGGACUAAAAGUGAUCCCAGUCACCAACGCCUUCAUUCUGAACGAAUUCAAUGAGAAUUCUACUGCCCCUGACUCCAAAGAUUGUGCGAAUCCUACUGAUCUGGCUCCUGGAGAAGAGGAAGUUCUUGUAAAGAGUUCCUCCGAGAGCCUGGAGAUUUUGUUGACAUCCCAGACAAAGAAUUUAAUUGACUUCACAGAAGUCACGCCUCAGGUGUCUUCACCAAUAAUUAUGCCCCGGUGGUUAGUGCCAAGUGGACUGACUUCCAAUGGGCCUCUGGGAAAUGAUGUUGCUUUAUCUCUUAAGACAACUAAAAUAAACACUGAAGCCCCAUUGGCUAUUGACUCAUCACCUCCACUGUACCCCUGUGAAAUCACACCCAGUCCUGUUACUGAAGAUACUACACGGCAGAAAUGUUUACUCACCACUGAACUCUGAGCUUCAACAAAUCUCAUCUCCUAGUGUAUUUAGUGAGCAAAGGACUUACCUGACAUUAAGCCAUGUUUAUGCCAUGGUUCACAAAGAAUGGUUUCUUUACAGUAAAUCCUUCAACUGGAACUACUAAGAGUAUGAUUUUAGAACACAGAGCUGCUGGGAAACCUGAGUAUCUCUUGCAAAAUAUAUGGGAAAAAAUUCUGAGAUGUCAUGAAAUCCACUGGGUUUUCAUCUACUAUAACGUUUUUGCUAGAGAAUUCCUUCCUGGUUUAUAGGUGCAAAUGAGAAUGCUCACAGGACUGUUUUUUUUUUUCUUUCUGGUUUAAACCCAAUUAUGGGGAAGCUGGUGGCCACAGUAAAAGAAAAUAGCAGUGACAUUUUUACAGUGCUUUUUUGUGGCCAUCUCUUUUUAUCCCCUUUUGUAUUGUUAUAUAGCAAAUGUUCUUGAUUUUAAUCUUGUUUCUAGACUCCACACUUUUGCUAACAGUCUAUGGAAGUGAAAAUGCAGCACCUUCAUUGCAAUUUAUUCUGCUGGCAGAUGCUUUCGUAAGGAAAGAAACAAUGUUUUAUUCAACGUAUCAAGGCUACUUACAUGUGUGGAUGAACGACUUUCACAUUUUGUUCCAUUAAGUCACUAAAAUAUUGCUAGGUAGACAGUGCAUCUAGUAUGGGAUCCUUGGUGCUCUCUGAGCUUGGUUGUUUUCUUGCAGAAAACAUACUUGUUUCCUUGCCCUGUCAGUGUUAGUGGGAAUGGUCUGUGGUUUCUUGAUUUGGCUGUUGUUUACUAUUAGCUUGUUUGACUGAGUUAGUACUAAGUUUACAUCUUGAUUGUUGGUCUAGUGUUAAUCUCUGCUCAUUUGUGUAUUGAUUGCUGGCGAGGAACUGUUUUAGUCUGUUUCUUUUUUGGCUGCUUUAUUGUCUCUUUAGAAUAGGGUAAGACACUAAUAUAUAUAAAAAAGCAAAGCCUUAGCGCUGAUAAUAUUACCUGGUAACGAAAUGUCUGCAAGAAAACAACCAAAUUCAGAGAAGAACCAAGAGCCAUGGUUCAGCCAUGAGCUACAGAUACUCCCUUGUAUCAGUGAACCUAGUUUCUGCUAGAUUAGCUUGAAGGGCUAGUCUUCUUUGGGCUUUCCACUAGCUAUUUUUGGGAAAGUUUGUGCAGAAAUAAUCUGAGGCUUUUAAAAUCGCUUCAAAUGCAUACAGUUAGAGUUACUGUCCUUUUUGUGUGCUCCCUUCUGUACCUUUCUUCAAAUCUACUUGUAGUUGGAAUAUGUAUUUUGUUCAUGACUGGAAAAUUAAAAAGCAAAAUAUACCAACAUUAUGCUAACUUUCCUAUAUUAGACGAGUAGCUAGUUAUAUAUCGGAUUGCUUCCUUUGUGCACAAAACUGCUGAUUGAACUAGUUUGAACUAAACCUAUAUUCUGUUACAAAGUCAGGUGAAAAAACUAAGUGAAUCCCGAGUUUAAUUGAUGCUUAGAAUUUUUGAAAACAAAAAAUGCCCUUGGAUUUGUGCGGUUAAGAUUUAUUCCUACGGGUCAGGUAUCCAACUCAUCCUGCAUCUUCUGUCCCUUUUCAAAAUAAGCAAGGAAAUCAUACGCCUUAGUUCUGAUUCUUCCAAAACAGCUCUGCUUUGCUGUGCAUUAUUGAAAUACCAAGUUCUAAGUCAUUUAAAAACAUGACUUAUUACUUCUCCAUUUGUUUCUAAUGGAAGACUUAUAAACAUUUAGGCAAGAAAACAAGGAAAUCUGAGUGCCAUGAACUUCUGCAUGAACUCUGAAAGGAAACGCGAAAGCCCCCCUCCCCUCAAAAACUUCUUUCAUUAGUGGAAGUGAUGUUAAAAAUGCAAAUGUUCCUUACUCCACUGUACAUACUCUUCCUUUCAUAGCUGGUUGCUACUUUGCUUUGAUCUGCAACUUGCUUUAAGCAAUUGCUCCAUAAAAUAGUAUAAUGGAAACCAGAGUGGGGGAGAGGGAGGGGUUACUGAGGCAAAUAACUUAGCAUCAAUAACCAUAGGACAUAUCCUGAUUACCAGACCUCAGGAGGCAUGACUUUUGAAAUAGCUUAGGUAGCAUUUAAUUGGUUAUUGAUUUUUCAGACAUUUCCCUGAGCCAAGGUAAACCCACUGCUUUUAUGAACCUUGCCUGUAUUUUUACAAGGGAUGAAAAGAUUUAGGGUGACACUAUCUUAAUUCUUGAUGUAAGAAUGAGGAGAAGUUGGGGAACAUGGUACUCUGCCUAUUAUCCAGAAAGAUAGCUUUGCUAACUUGAAUAGUCUGGAUAAUCCUAACCACUAGAAUGUUGUGUGUUCAACAUUUUUUUAAAAAAAUAUCCAAUGACUUGUUGUCAUUUUAUUUUACUAACCUGAUGUACAGCUGUGACAACAAAAGAAAUUAAGAUAGCUAGUUCUCAAUUUUGCCCUCCCCCCUUUUUUUAUUUUUUGAAAUUAUUAGGAAUUGCUCUUAAAUUACAGUAACACUGCCUCGUUUGGCAAAUACAUUUACUGACUUGAUUCUUACUCAUUCAGAAAAAUUUUCCAAAACACAUAACCUAUUUUCAUUUUUUAAAAAAAAGGAAACUGUAAUGUGGUAUGAAAAAUGGAAUACUAUUAUCGGCUCCACAUUUAUCAGUGGGUAACGUCUAAUUGGCAAUUAUGUACAAAGACAUAAAAUUACAAUUACAAUUAUGUUGUAAAAUUACAGCAUAAAGGAUUGAAAGCUUUUUGUCAAUAGAACAGCCUCCACUGCAGGCUUCAGGUCUCUAAUGGGGCAUCUGGAAACUGCCUUUAGUGCCUCUUGUGAUUGAUUAAAAUGAACCAAAACAGCAGAUUCUUUUGCUUUGACUAAUGAAUGCAAAAUUGCAAUUUGUGUUUAUUAGCAGCCAUUGUUCACUGUCAAGCUGUCCACAGAGGCAUAAAUUAGCUUGCAUUUUUAACAGGCAAUCUUGUUUGACAGCUGAAGCUUUUCCUCCGGUAAGAUAAUUGUGAAGUUUUUCCUACAAAUGCAGUUUGCCUGCAUGCAUAAAGCCGAGAGUCAUUCCAGAUUUGUCUCUUUUUCUUUACAUGUCACACGUUACAGUACUUGUGUCUCUGGGCAAAGAUGCCUCAAGUGGAACACACCUUGUUGCUCCAUAGCUCAAGUGUCUGUGAUUAUUGAGGCAGAACAGUUUGGACCUCUAUUAUUAACACUAAGCAUUAACACUCCUCUUGGAGCAAAAUGUUCACUUAUUCUCUGUGAAACAGAAUGCAUGUGGAGUGACUACAGAGCAUUCUGCCAUAACUUUCCUAAUGUGAUUGUUUUGCUUACAGAUUCCUUUGUUCUCACAUGUUUUCCCUAAUUGGACAAACUUACUAUGAAGUAUGUAAGAACUUCUAUUUUGAUUGUGUUUUUUUUAAAGAAAAAAUCUCAGACUAACUACUGUAUUUGUAUCUUUUUAAACGAUGUAGUUGCUCAAAGUAUAACUUAUUUUUUUAAGUAUUGUAUGUAUGAGUGUAUGUGUAUGUAAUAAGUAAUGCCAGAUGUACAAAUUAUGCUAGAAUGAUUGCGCUAAACACUGUAUAAGGGAACAACAACUGUGAUUUGUAGACCACUUGGAAUCAAUCAUAAAAGUUGUAGCUUAUUUCUAAAUACAACGCAAUUGUACAAAA